ACCAACCAGUCCGAAAUUCAAUAUGGCGAAUAACUAAGGUAAACAAUCACUUCGCCACAAAACUUCAAGAAGAAAUAUUGCACAUUUUACCAUGGAAGGUCGAGUAAAAACUCGACAGCAUGGUUCAAUUCCAAAAUCUCUCGGUAGACAGGUUGGUGUUAUGCCAAUUUCUGGUGGAGCCAGCCUUCGACGGGCAAGUAAUGGUGAUUCCAACAUGGAGAUUCCUGUGGGUGGAACAGAUAUGGCAUCAGAUCCAGUUCUGACAUAUCCUGCUGCCCCCACACUAAGACAGACUCCACCUUCUGGGUCCAGGGCAGGUCAAUCAAGAGUCAUACGGCGAACAAGCAGCAAGGGUGAACUGCAGGAAGAAUUCACAGAUACAAAUAAUUCAAGGAUCACAGAAAGUUCUCUCGGAAAAACACUUGGUGGAUCAAGAACUGUAGCAGAAGCACUUAUGAAGAAGUAUUCAACUGCAGGUUAUGACAAUUCAGGCACAGUGGACACUAGCAGAAACUCAGCAUUAACUGGUCGAAGUAAAACAAGUGCGAGAGGAUCUGCAGUAGCAAAAACUUCACCUCCCAGUAAAACAUUAUCUGGAGCCACAAGAACCUCCCCAGCCAGUAAACCUUUGACAGGAAUCACGAGAAAGUCGCCAUCAUCAACAGCCUCAGCUAAACCAAAGUCCACUAGAAGUAUUGCAUCACGUCAGCUAAGUGCUAGAUCUGAAGUUAAUGACCUUGACCAUACUGAUGAUGAUGAACCUGAAGGGCAAGAGGUCAAAUUCUUUGAUGUGCCAUCUCAAAGGUCAAGGCCAGGGUCACAUGUUAAACAGUCACCAAAUACACCAGAAGAUUACCAUAAUGGUGAAAAUGGAAAAAAAACAUAUAAAACAAUUGAUCCUGAAGAAAUUCUUGCCCAGAAUAUGGAGUCUGACUUGAACAAGAUCUAUGAGAUCGGUCUUCAUGCCUCAGAAAUUACACACAUCACAAACAUGGACAAGUAUAAGAAAUUGAAAGUCCUGGACCUGUCUUGUAAUUUUAUUGAUCGACUUCAAAACCUGGAAGCAAAUAGAGACUUGAGAGAGUUGAAACUGUAUGACAACAGAUUACGAGUCAUAGAAGGAUUAGAUAAUCUGAAAGAUUUGAUGAGUCUUCAGCUGCAGCAUAAUAAAAUCAAAUCAAUUGGCAAAAGUUUAUCAUGCUUGAAGAAGUUGAAGAUUUUGCGAAUUGACUGCAACCAACUGCUAAAAAUAGAGCCCCCAGAGUUGUCCCAGUGUGUUCAGCUUACAACCUUAGACAUCAGUUGUAACAUGUUAGACAGCCUCGCAGCAUUAAACUACCUACCGAACCUGGAGGAAGUCAAUGCGUCAGGUAACCGGUUGCGAUCCGUGUCGGAUCUGAGCAAGUGCAAGCACCUGGGCGAGAUAGAUCUGUCAGGAAACCACAUCAAGGAUCUCUCGGGUCUGCGCGGGCUUCCUAGACUCAUGACAUUAAAUGUCUCCAACAAUCAGUUGUCCAGCUUUAAAACUAUCGGGAAACUUCAGAGUCUUACAGACCUGUUUGCAGCAGACAAUCACAUCCAUGACCUGUCCAGUAUCCCCGGUCAGCUGCCUGCUCUGGAAGUCUUGGACCUCACCAACAAUGAAAUCUGUGACUGGGACCAGUUUCAUCAGCUAGGUGAGAUGACGGAGCUGGUGGAGUUGUUUGUCUCAGGAAACCCGUUCUGCGGGCAAGACGGACCCAUGCCCCACUACCACAUGGCUAUACAGACUGUCCUGCCAAACUUAGAGAUCAUUGAUGGGGCCCACAUCAAGAAGCAGGUGUCAAAAGGUGCCCCAUUGAUGAGGCCAAUGUCAGCAUCAACUAUUGUCAGUUUACGCCAGAUGGACUCACAGUUGAGAAGUGCGGAUGAACAGAUGAAAAGUCUUGAGAAAAGCCUCAAAGAAAAGUUUGCAGCAAUCCGGAUGUCCUGUGAUAUACUGUUGACCGAGCCUCCAAUACCCAGCCAGCCGGGCUCCGGAGAUGCAUCAUCUGAUGUGCCGUUGUCCAGUCGAUGCAGCAGUAGGUCACGCAUCCUUGAGGCAAGAAAGUUUGCAUCCUCAGUGAACAGCCAGAGAUAGCCUAUGAAACUUGGAAAAGACACUGCGUGACUGUGCAGGCUGGUCUGGAGCUACACUUGCGGCAUAUGGCAUAAGACCCAUUUAUGCGGCUCAUAUCCAGACACGUGUAUAGUCAUAUGUCAACAACCAACGUCAUUACGUGACAUAUGUAUUAACAACUCCUGAAUGGUCAAGAACCUUUUUGGCAUCUAAACAAAUAUGAUCUGACUCUGGGAAAAUAUUGCUUAGUGCAUGUGCUUAAAGUGUCGUCCCAGAUUAGCCUGUGCUGUCUGCACAAACUAGUCUUCCACACUUUAAGCCAGGACUGGCUAUUCGUUCAGAAGAGACUUCCUUUUAAAAAAAUCCAUUAAAGCGGAAAGAGCAGAAUGCACAGGCUAAUGGGCGUUGACAGUUAACGCAUAUGCUGUCCCAGAGCAUUCCUCAGAUAUAAUAUUUGACUUUGAGUAAUUUUAAUUGGGCCAAAAAUUGCUGCCUUUAGUGCCUGUUUCUGGAUGCUUUGAAUGUUUAUUCAAAUGCAUGAGAAACACACAAAGUCCCGUCAUGUAAAUAUUAUCAUGUAUAACGACAAUGUUUGACUUACCCAUCAUUGUGUUGAACAAAAACAUAAGCAUAUCAUUGAAUAGAGAACCUUAGCAGUCAAUAUUAUAUAACCUGCUGGCAAGAAUUCAAAAUUACCUGGGAUGUGCUUCAAACAAUGUAUCUUUCUUCUAUUGUCUAUCAGAUCAUAUUAAAAUGCUCUUUAUUUAAUACUUCUAUAAUGCAAGGGUUUCCAACAAUUAAUGGCAGUAUUCUGGCUUUUAGCUUUUAGUUAAAGUUAUUAAAGUUAUUCUGUAAAAAGUUUGAUAUAUUAAAAGACAAAUAAUGUUAAUUUAAUGAACAAAACUAGUCUUGAUGGCUACUUCUAUACACUGGAUCAUUGAAAUACAUGUAGAUGUAUAUGUUAUUUUUGUAUUACUAUUUUUUCUAGGUAUGAUGUGCUGUUCAGUUUUUGUGGUGGUGUAUAAUUCUGAGAUAGAAAUGUAUUUAUAUAUUAUUUCAAAUUUUAUGUUUACAUAUUUAUUUGUUGGUUUAACAUGUUAUAAUUAUCUUUUAAAAAGAUUUAUAUUAGUUAUGUUAUACAACUUAAAGGUCACUGUUUAUUAAUGCUAUUAAUACUAUGGUAUUGCUUGUGUAUUAAAAGUACAAAUGCAAAUGUCAUUUGCAUAUAUUAUAAAAAUGAUAGUUUAUUUAAUUCGAUACUUUACUUGAUGUGAACUCUUCAUAAAAAUCGAACAGUUCAUAAUUCACAUAUGUACUUACUAGCAUUUCACCACUUACUUUAAAAUAAUAAAAAAAAAAACACAAUUCAUUUGAAAUAAAACAAUUAAUUCCAUGACAAAUCUAAAGUCUAGCUCUUCAAUACAAGUAAUCUUAAAAACAAAUCCCACAAGACUACAUACAAUAUGUGUGCUCUCUUAGGCUGGAAAAUUGUCCUAGAAUUUACCCCAAUAACAUAAAGAAAGAUGUUUUCUGAAAUUAAAGUGACAAAACCAAUAUAUUUAUAUUUAAAAUACUGUAAACUGAGCAAUUGUUUCUAUGGAACACAAUCAUAUGUAAUUAAAACAAACUUUUUACAAAUGCAACGCGUUUAAAGUCUGUUUCUGCACGUUUUAAUAUGAAUAUAAAUCUCUUUUAACUGGACAUAUUAAUUAUUAAAUUGUUAAUCUAUGUGUUAUUUGCCUUUAUUGUAUAAUAAAAUGUUACACCUCCA